CAAAGGGGAAAUGUCAAAUUUGACAUCUACCAUGAUAAUAUCCGACUGAAAUGGCGUGAUUUUUUCGAAAUUCGAAUAAAAUAUAUCUCGUUAACUAUUUGUAGGAAUACUAGAUUUAUAAACCAUUUACUUUUGUUACAUUGAGAUGGUGGCUUAUUUUAUUAUGUAACACCUUAUUUGGGACUAGGUCUUGGAAGCAGAAUCUCAUUUUAUUGAUAUUGGUGUGGGUUCAUUUGAGAGAAGAUAGCACAUAUAUUUUAUGAUGCUUACACGGUCAUGGAAAACAAGGAUAUUAAAGCUGCGAAUAAUUAAUUGUGUAUGUUUUAUAAUUGCUUUGAAGACAAUAAUUCAGUUUUUUGAAACAUGUGGUUCAUACAACUACACACAUCUCCCUGCAGAGGUACUAGAAACACAACUGUAUAAGCAGAUAUCACCAACUUUUAUUACACAGACAUCAAAACCAGAAUGUAAAUAUGAUGCAGUACUCAAGAGAAAGCUAUCCAUAAACAACUGGGAGGUGCCAAAAACAUUUGAUAAUUUCUCAGCAACGGGCUUAGUAAAUGGUAGUUACAUUCCAGAACAUUGCACUCCAAUCUUCAGUGUUGCUAUAAUAGUAGCUUACAGGAAUAGACAGAGACAGCUUGACAUAUUCCUUCCUUAUAUGCAUGAUUUCCUGAGGAACCAAAGUAUACACUACAGGAUAUAUGUAGUAGAACAAGAAGAUGAGAAAAUAUUUAACAAGGGUGUCCUGUACAAUGUUGGGGCCAAAGUGGCAAUCAGGGACAAGUUCCCCUGUCUCAUCCUACACGACGUCGACUUGCUGCCGCUGGACGCGAGCAACCUGUACGCGUGCGGCAACGAGCCACGCCACAUGAGCGCCAGUAUCGACAAGUUCAGAUUCGUGCUCCCCUACGGAGACUUGGCGGGCGGCGUGCUGGCCCUCAAGUCGGAGCAGUUUGUGCAAGUCAACGGGUUCUCUAACAGGUUCGAAGGCUGGGGAGGCGAGGAUGAUGACUUUUCGUGGAGAAUAAGCUCACACAAAUUAAAUAUAAUCAGAUAUCCCCGUGAAAUGUCCCGCUAUACGAUGUUGAGGCAUCCACAGGAGCGCAAGAACCAACAGCGCAAAACCAUAAUGAAGGAAAACAUGCGGGACCCAGCGAUGAUCGUCAAGGACGGAUUCAAUUCCACGCGAUACACCAGUAUGCACGUCAAGAACCACCGGCUGUUUACAUACGUCGGGGUAGUGAUGUGACUGUCAGGCCGACUACACGGUACCCACGCCUCUAGUGAGCACAAGUCACUAGAUUACAUUGCUACUAUACUAUCUGUGCUAUUUAUGCUUGGUCAUCAAACAUCGCGUAGGUCAAAAUAGUAGAAGGAAAAAUUUAUUUAUUUUGUGUUUAGAAACAAAACUUGAGGGCUUUCCAUACAAUAUUUAUAUCGAUAUAUCUGUAAUAGAAUUGUUUGAAAGCUAGUGAUAUUAUCUGGAUGUAAUCUCGAUCGAACCAAAUAACUGUUGAAAUACAGUUCUGUAACCAUAAGGCUUUGUAAUUGAGAUAUUGCUUAAAAUUAUUAGAUUUUAUUUUACUUUAAGUCCAUGAGACAUAAAACCAUUAAGUAUUGUGUUAUUACCUUAGAAUCUCUGAAAAUGAUCCAGAUUGAGUUGUAAUCUCGAUUUUUUAAAAUAAUAAAUUAUAUUACUUAUACAUACCAUUAGUCUAUAAGUCGAAAUUAAGUAUAUAUUAUAUACAUCCUUAGAAUAUUAUUUGUAUUCCCGUGCGCGGGCAGCGCCGCGGCGCGUAGUUAGGGAAGCAAACGUAACGUCAGUAUAUGUCGUCGAUAAGUAUAUGGGCUUAAGAAUAUACUUAGAAAUUGUGCCUUCUAAAUCGACGUUUUAGAAAUAAAAUUGAUUGUGUCUAGAAAUAGUAAUUAUUUUAAUGUUAUUAUUCAUAAGAUAUGUCUUACGACGUAUCGACAUGCAUAGAUACAGUGGUCAACCUACUCUUCUAUAGAAUUUCUUAAGAUUUGUAUUGUUUUGAUAUAAAGUCCGAUCCAAUGAAAAAGUCCUAGGUUGGCCUGCUGACUAUAAGUAGUAUCGUGCGUCAAUCAUUGCUGCAGUGUACCUGCCACAUGCUUUCUACUGAUAUAUAGCUAUUUACAAGUCAUAUUUGUUUGUAUUGAAUAACUUAUCAUGUCAGCAUAUAAGCGGCUUAGCUUAUGUUUAGUGGUGAAGGAACUGGAACUCUGGAACUCAAUUCAUCAAUAUGGAAAGUUUAGUGCACAAGAAUACCCACUAUGGAUUUUAAGCGAAGGAAGACUCACGCAAUGCUGAAUCUCAAGCUCAAGUAAAAAUGUCUCAAAAUAUAUUUAUUUUUAAUAUCUUUGUGUACCUCGGCUGGGAGGUGGUAAUAGUGAGAGCGAGUGCCUUUUGGAGUAAGGAAGUAUUGUCACUGUACCUAUCUUGCUUCACUGCGACCUCGGGAGGACCGCACAAACGCAAAUAUCUGCAGUCUAGACAUACCUUUAUGAAUGAUAUUGUCUUACGUGCAUAUUGAAGAAGUUAUUUCUGUUAGCUGUUUUACCAUAUUAUUUAUAUUCACUGUAAAUCGUUCAAGGUGCGCGGUAUUACGUACAAAUUUAGGAGUCCCAAAUCUCGGAAACGAAUUAACCGAAUUUAAUGAUCACCAGCAGCAAUCAUCGCCGCCCAUGUACAGCCGCAACUACCAUUGCGUUGCCGGCCUUUUGGGGAUUUAGGUUUCGGAUAUGUCUGCUUGGCUUUCCCACAUUUAUUAAUAUUAUCAAACUAAUCUAAUAUCAAUUCGAAUGGAAAAAAGACUGGGACUUCUUAGUUUGCCAUAUCACGCAUGCGAUGUAGGUACUGUCUCAUCGUGUUAGACUCGGUAUCAGCGCAAUGAGUUGAGCAACAAAAGUGUAACGAUAUAAUAAUAUGUAGUAUGUACAGCUGCGCAUGUAUGUUGUGUUGUAAUCAUUUAAUGUUGUGUCAAAUGUUUAUGUUCAAUUGUCUCAAAC